UUGGUGGCAGGUGGCCCUGCCCCGGGCCCCUAGCUGUGAGGUGGCCCUGGGCCACAGGGACCCCCACUGUCACUCCCCUCACUGCCCGCAGGAAGAUGCCCCCGGAGCUGCCUGCUGCCCCGCCAGGAGCCAGAGGGCAUCCCCUGGGCCAGCGGCCAGGAGGGCACAGGCUCCCACGAUGAGCGGCCGGCUCCUGCUCCUCGCCGUGCUCCCCGCGCUCCUGAGCCCCCCGGCUGCCACGGCGCAGAAGAGGAGCCAAGCGGUCUGCGAGGACGUGCUGGAGGCUGACAUCGUCUUCCUGGUGGACGGCUCAUCCAGCAUCGGCAGGAACAACUUCCGCGCCAUCCGCACCUUCAUGGACGACCUGGUGGGGCCCUUCGUGCAGGUGGUGGGCGAGAAGGCGGUGCGCUUUGCUGCGGCACAGUACAGCGAUGAGCCGCGGGUGGAGUUCUCCUUCUCCCAGCACACUGAUGGGAUGAGCGUCCGGAGGGCAAUCCAGCAGCUGAGCUACAAGGGUGGCAACACACGGACCGGUGCCGGCUUCCGCUACGUUGCUGACAACUUCUUCAGCCCCACGCAGCUCCGGCCUGGGGUCCCCCAGAUCUGCAUCCUCAUCACGGAUGGCAAGUCCCAGGAUGAUGCCGAGGGGCCAGCAGCGAAGCUGAAGAACCAGGGCAUUAAGAUCUUUGCCGUGGGGAUCAAGAAUGCUGACCAUAAGGAGCUGAUCCGCGUGGCCUCAAUGCCCACCGAUGCCUUCUUCUUCUAUGUCGGUGACUUCAAGCUGCUGGGGACGCUGGUGCCGCUGAUGACGCGCCGGGUGUGCACGAGUGUCGGGGGCACCCUGCGCCGGCUGGAUGGGCUGAGCCACGCCGGCCCCUCUAACCUGGAGAUCCUGGAGCGGGGCCUUGACCAGCUGCGGAUCCGCUGGACGGCAGCCAGCGGCCCCGUCACCGGCUACCGGGUGCAGCGUGUGCCGCUGACGGGGCUGGGGCAGCCGAUCGUGGCGGAGAGGCAGGAGGUGAGCCUGGGGCCGAGGGAGACGAGCGCUGUGCUGCGGGGGCUGCGCGUGGGGACGGAGUACCUGGUCACUGUCACCGCCCAGUACGCCAACAGUAUCGGCGAGUCGGUGUCCGGCCGAGCACGCACCCAGAGCCGUGCCAGCGCCGUGACGGACUUCCGCGUGGUGGAGACUGGACCGACCUUCCUACGGCUUGCCUGGCAGCCUGGACCCGAGCCCCCUCAGGGCUACAGCCUCAGCUAUGCCGUGCAAGGAGCAGCACAGGGGGAGGAGAAGAGCCUGGGGGCCAGCGCGCAGUCGGCCACGCUGAGCAACCUGCGCCCCGACACCGAGUACGUGGUGACGCUCCGUCCCCGCUACGCGCAGCAGCCUGCUGUCCCCGCCACCCUCACCGCCCGCACACGACGCCCGGUGGGUGUGCAGCAUUUGGCCGUCCACAACGUCUCGGCGCAGAGCGUGCUGCUGGCCUGGCAGCCCGUCGGUGGUGCCACUGGCUACCGGCUCUCCUGGGCGACCCUCACAGGGCAGGACAGGCACAGGGUGGACCUGGAUGCCGGGCGGACAUCACAUGCGCUGGGGGGGCUGCAGCCCAACACUGACUACGUGGUGACAGUGGCCCCGCUCUUCGGGCAGCUGGAGGGGCCCACGGCCACUGUGCGACAGAGGACAGAGGCGGGCACGGAGCAGACGCUGCGGACCAACAUCCUGGGCCCCACUUCCAUCCAAGUGCUCUGGACUGGCGCUCGUGAUGCCCGUGGCUACCGCCUGGAGUGGAAGAGAGCCACAGGACCAGAGCCCCCCAGAACGGUGUCGCUCCCCAGCAGUGCCAACACCUACCAGCUGACGGGGCUGCAGCCGGGCACCGAGUACCGCAUCACCCUCUACACGCUCUACGAUGGUGGGGAGGUGGCCACCCCCGUCACCACCUUCCAGACAGGCGUGGAGGCACCCGUGGGUGCCGUGUCGGACCUGCGGCUCGUUGAGGAGUCGGGCCGGCGAGUGCGGCUGGGCUGGACUGGCGUCCCUGGUGCCACCGAGUACAAAGUGGUGGUGCGCAACAACCAGGAUGGCACAGAGAGGACGAGGCGCGUCCCGGGCAGUCAGACGGGGCUGGAGCUGGGUGACCUCCGGGAGGGCAUCGCUUACCUGGUGCGUGUCUCAGCGCUGGUGGGCGGCCGGGAGGGCAGUGCCGCCACCCUCGCCAUCCACCUCAAGUACCCAGCGGUGGGCAGCAUCUCGGAGCUGCGGGUGACAGAGGCCGGUCCCAGCCAGCUGCGGGUCACCUGGAGAGGGCUGCCAGGCGCCGGGGGCUACCUGCUGACCUGGCGAAGCAGCGACGGUGUGGAGCAAUCCCGCUUCCUCCCCGCCGACCCCACCGCCUUCACCAUCGAGGGGCUGCGCCCUGGCAUCGUCUACACCGUCAGUGUCUCGGCCAUUGUGGAUGGACGCGAGGGCAGCCCUGUCACCGCCACAGGGCGGACAGCACCCGAGCAGGUGGGGACAGUGUCCCGGCUGGAGGUGCAGGCGUCCAGGAGCAACGUCGCCCGUGUCACCUGGGUCGGUGUGCCGGGAGCCACCGCCUACCGCGUGGUGUGGAGCCGCAGGGACGGGGGCUCGGAGAACAGCCGGCGGGUUCCCGGCCACACCAGCUCCUUCGACAUCCCCGACCUGGAGGGAGGCGUCUCCUACACCGUGAAGGUGACAGCGCUCAUCGGCAACCGGGAGGGCAACCCCGUCUCCAUCAUCGUCACCACCCCGGAGGCAGCCCCGCUGCCCCCCGUCAGCAGCUUCCAGGUGACAGAGGCCUCGGAGCAUCGCCUGCGCCUGGCCUGGGUGCCAGCGGCCGGCAGCGCCGGGUACCGCCUGGUCUGGCGCCUGGCUGAGGGGGGUCCCCAGCGCAGCCAGCAGCUCCCGGCCACCGCCAGCUCCUACGACCUGGGGGGGCUGGAGCCCGGCCGGCGCUACCACAUCAGCAUCACCAGCCUGGCUGGUGGCCGGGAGAGUGAGCCAGCCACCAUCACUGCCAUCACCGCUGCCCCGGCCCGUGUCACCAGCCUGCGGGUGACAGAGGUGCAGAGAGACUCGGUGACACUCACCUGGACCCCUGUCCCUGGCGCCUCCGGCUACGUCCUCUCUUGGAGCCCCGCUGCAGCCGGUGGGGAGACAAGGCGGAUGCUGCCCGGCGCUGCCAGCUCCCAGCAAGUCUCCGGGCUGCGCCUGGGCCAGCGCUACACCUUCACCCUCCGCCCGCUCCUGGGGAGCGCGCCAGGUGCCGAGACCUCCAUCAGCGAGCGCACAGUCUGCAGGGACGCCCGCGGUGACAUCGUCUUCCUGGUGCAUGGCACCCGCGACAGCUCCUCCGGUGCUGAUGCCGUCCGCACCCUCCUCUCCAACACCGUGUCCGCCCUGGGGCGCCUGGGCCCUGAGGGCACCCAGGUGGCUCUGGCCACGUACAGCUACCGCAGCCUGCCCUGGCUGCUCCUCAACCGCUCCAGCGACCUGCCCGUCGUGCUGGAGCAGAUCCGCACCAUGCGCUACGAGGAGCCCAGCGGCAACGCCAUCGGGGCAGCCAUCACCUUUGCCAGGACCUACUUGCUGAGCCCUGGUGCGGGGCGCCGGCCCGGCGUGCCGGCGGUGCUGGUGGUCCUGGCCGACGGUCCCUCUGGGGAUGAUGCCAUCGCUGCAGCCAGUGACAUCAAGGCUGGGGGGGUCCAGGUGCUGGCUGUGGGCUUGGAGGGGGCGGACCAGGAGCAGCUCCGGCGCGUGGUCACCGGUGAAGACCCUCGGUACAUCUAUCGUGAUGGUGGUGCCCUGGCAGAGCUGGAGGGAGAGCUGACCGACGACCUCUGCACCAUCAUCUCCACCAGGCCGGAGCCGGAGCCGAAGCCGAAGCCCUGCACUGUGCAGUGCCCCAAGGGCGAGAAGGGAGACCGCGGCGAGGCAGGACCGCAAGGACGCAUGGGGCCACCGGGCCCCCCUGGCGAGCCGGGCCGCCAUGGGCUGCCUGGCCCUCCGGGACCCCCAGGGCCACAGGGUCUGCCAGCAGAGAGCGUCGAGCGGCCAGGCAAGAAGGGGGACAGGGGCUUCCCCGGAGCCGAUGGGACACCAGGAAGCCCUGGCCGCCCCGGGAACCCCGGAUUACCUGGCCAGCCAGGCACCCAGGGCAUCCCUGGCCCCCGAGGAGAUCCCGGGAUGCGGGGGCCGAUGGGGCUUUCUGGCCCGAAGGGGGAGAAAGGCGAGCCGGGAGAGCCCAGGGUGAUCGUGGAUGGACAGGGGCUGCCAGGCAGGAAAGGGGAGCCGGGCACGCCGGGCAGUACCGGCCCCCCUGGGAGCCCUGGCCCACAGGGGCCCUUUGGUGACCCAGGCCCCCCCGGACCUGUGGGGCCACCAGGACCUCCAGGAGAGUUUGUGAAGGGGGAGAAGGGUGACCGAGGGGAAAGGGGCCCCCCUGGACUCGUGGAUGGGGCAGUGCCUCGAGGGGAGCCCGGCCCCCCGGGGCUGCCUGGGGACCCCGGGCCCCGGGGACCUGCUGGGCCCCCUGGCCUGAAGGGAGAGAAGGGCGAUGGCAAAGAAGGUUUCCCAGGGCCACCCGGCCGCCCCGGGGACCCAGGAGACCGGGGCCCUCGGGGACCGCCGGGGGAGCAAGGCAGGAAGGGAGACCGUGGGGUGCCAGGAGAGCUGGGAGACACAGGCGAGAAGGGGGACCGUGGCGUGCCGGGCCCCGAGGGCGAGAAGGGCGAGGCAGGGGCCCCAGGGCGCCCGGGGCCAUCGGGCAGAGAGGGAGCUCCGGGACCAGCCGGACCCCCGGGGGAGAAGGGCGAUCCGGGACCACCCGGCAAGCCGGCUCCCAGCGUGGCCGGUGUUGGAGAGAAGGGUGACAGAGGCUUCCCAGGGCCAGAAGGACCUCCUGGCCCCAAGGGUGACACGGGAGACAAAGGGGCCCGUGGUGCCCCUGGCCUGAGCAUCCCGGGGCCAGCCGGUCCCAAAGGCGAGCAGGGCGACCGGGGCAUCGUCGGCCUCACAGGCAGGAGCGGCCCAAAGGGUGACCCGGGGGAGCCGGGGGAGAAGGGGGAGCCAGGCCGAGCGGGCACCCCCGGGCAGACCGGGCUGCGUGGCAAGGAGGGAGAGCGUGGAGAGAAGGGUGAUGAAGGCACCCCGGGUGAAGCAGGUCUGCCUGGCAAACCCGGAGACAGGGGUCCCCGGGGCCUCCCUGGCUACCGCGGCCCCCCCGGGGAGAAGGGUGACUCGGGGGACCCAGGUCCUGAAGGCAGGAAUGGCAGCCCCGGAGCACCAGGGAGCAAAGGUGACCGUGGGGAGCCGGGGCCUCCCGGACCCCCAGGACGAACUGUCGAUGUGGGGCUCGGAGGAGUUGGGGAGAAGGGCGAGAAGGGGGACCCUGGGGACCCUGGUGAGGACGGCGCGAAGGGCGCUCGGGGUGAUGUCGGCUCCCCCGGCCUGCCCGGAGAGAGGGGUGUGGAGGGCCCCCGCGGCCCCCCUGGUGCACGGGGUGACCCCGGGGACCGAGGCCUGCCGGGAGAGAAGGGGGACCGUGGCCCACCGGGGCUGGAUGGCCGCAAUGGGCUGGAAGGCAAGCCCGGACCCCCGGGCCCCACGGGGCUGCGGGGGGACCCAGGGAAGCAGGGGGACCCCGGCCGGGAUGGGCUGCCCGGGCUGCGUGGGGAGCAGGGACCGCCUGGCACUGUGGGACCCCUGGGACCACCCGGUGUCCCUGGCAAACCCGGUGACGAUGGCAAACCUGGCCUCAACGGCAAAAACGGAGAAGAUGGGACGCCAGGAGAGGAUGGGAGAAAGGGAGACAAAGGUGACGCGGGACCCCCUGGCAGAGAUGGCCGCAGUGGUGCCAAGGGCGAGCCGGGAGACAGAGGUGUGCCAGGACCCCUCGGGCCCCCCGGCCUCCCCGGUGUCCCGGGGCAGGUUGGCCCCCCAGGCCAGGGCUCACCAGGCCUCCGUGGGGUGGCUGGACCAAAGGGGGAUCCAGGGGAGCCUGGACUGCAAGGGGAGCCAGGGCGACCUGGCAACCCUGGAGCGCGCGGAGACCCCGGGACUGCAGUGAACAUUGAACGUAGCCUGGAAGCCCUUGGCAUCAAGGUUUCAUCCCUGAAGGAGCUCACGGGUGCCUACGACGGGAGCUCGGACUCGUUCCUGCCGGUGUCUGAGCGGCUGCGGGGACAGAAGGGCAGCCGGGGGGAGCCGGGAGAAAGGGGGCCUCCGGGCAGAGAGGGCUCCUUGGGCUUCCCUGGUGAGCGAGGACCCAAAGGUGACAAGGGGGACCCGGGUGCCCCUGGCCCCCAGGGCCCCACGGGCCGUGCCGUGGGCGAGCGGGGUCCCGAGGGGCCGCCCGGGCAGCCGGGAGAGCCUGGCAAGCCGGGCAUCCCCGGGGUGCCAGGCCGGGCCGGGGAGCUGGGGGAGGCCGGGCGGCCUGGCGAGAAGGGCGACCGGGGCGAGAAGGGUGACCGGGGCGAGCAGGGCAGGGAUGGCUUGCCUGGCCCCCAAGGACCCCCAGGGCCCAAGGCAGACGUGGUGGAGGGCAGCCUGAUGGGCCUCCCAGGCGAGCGCGGCCCCAUUGGACCCAAGGGAGCGAAGGGCGAGCCAGGAGCCGAGGGCGAGCGGGGACCCAAAGGAGAUAAGGGUGAGGGUGGCCCCCGGGGCGAGCGAGGGGAGCCCGGCGAGAAGGGCAGGGACGGCGCCCCGGGCCUGCCGGGUGAGAGAGGGCUGGCCGGCCCCGAGGGGAAGCCGGGCUUGCCAGGCUUCCCCGGCGUGCUGGGACGCCCGGGCAGCCAGGGAGACCCAGGACCCCCCGGACCUCCGGGCAGCGCUGGCCCGCCAGGGACCCAGGGCCCAGCUGGGACCAAGGGUGAUCCAGGGGAACCUGGCUCCGGCAUCCGGGGCUUGCCUGGUCCCCAGGGAAACGUGGGGCUGCCUGGCCCCCCAGGCCCCCCCGGUCCGGGGGGCCCACCGGGUGUCCCCGGGCUGCCAGGACAAGUGGGGGAGAGUGGGAAGCCAGGUGUGCCGGGCAGGGACGGCGUGCCGGGGAAGGACGGCGAGGCGGGGAUGCCUGGGAAGAUGGGUGUGCCGGGACCUUCAGGCCCCGCCGGUCCCAAGGGAGAGCCAGGGGAUGCCGGAGCCCCAGGGCAGGCCAUCGCUGGCCCUCCCGGCGCCAAAGGCGAGAAGGGUGAGCCGGCGCUGCUGGAGGGCGUGCUGCUGGGAGAGCCCGGCUCCAAGGGUGACCGAGGUUUGCCGGGCCCCAAGGGAGAGAAGGGGGAGCCGGGACGAUUUGGGGAGCCGGGAGAUCCUGGAGAAGACGGAGCCAAGGGGUCCUCAGGAGCCAAAGGGGAGAAGGGAGCACCAGGUGUCGGUGUGCGGGGACCACCAGGACAGGAUGGGCCUCCGGGCUUGAAGGGUGACAUCGGCUUGCCAGGACCACCGGGACCCCCAGGCUUAGCAGGCAUUGCUGGAACACCAGGACAGCCCGGCCUGAGAGGGGACAAUGGGCAGCCUGGCCCCCCAGGUCCACCGGGAGAGAGGGGUUUGAUUGGCUUUCCUGGGAGAGAUGGCACCUCUGGACCACCAGGACCUGUGGGGCCCCCAGGGCCGGCCGGCAUACAAGGAGCCUCUGGUCUGAAGGGUGACAAGGGCGCUCCAGGGGCCGGGACGCCGGGAGCCAGAGGUGAGCGUGGAGACCCGGGGCCGCGGGGUGAAGAUGGGCGCCCGGGGCCAGAAGGGGAUCGUGGUCCGGCGGUAAGUACCCCCCUUCCCUGGCUGCACCCCCAGCCAGGACCCUCCCUGACCACCCCUCUCCUCUCUCCCACAGGGCUUGCCUGGGACCGGGGGGAGCGUGGGGACAAGGGAGACGCUGGGGCCCCGGGUCCCAAAGGAGACAAGGGCGAUACUGUGGUGCUGGAGGGGCCCACCGGAGCGCGGGGCAUCAAGGGCGAGCCAGGAGAGCGUGGCCUGAAGGGCAUGGAAGGGGACAAAGGGGACAAGGGGGAGCAGGGCAUGCCUGGAGAGAAGGGGGCAAGGGGUGAACAAGGUGAGAAGGGCUCCACGGGCUUCCCCGGGGCACGUGGCCCUGGUGGGCAGAAGGGAGAGGUUGGAGCAUCGGGAGAGCCUGGCGAGCCGGGUCAGCCUGGCCGUGAUGGGAUUCCUGGAGUCCGGGGAGAGAAGGGGGACAUGGGACCCCUAGGCAUGCGUGGCCCCAAGGGUGACCGGGGCAUGAAAGGUGCCUGUGGCCUUGAUGGGGACAAGGGCGAGAAGGGAGAGCCGGGGAUCCCGGGGCGCUCGGGGCUGCCGGGGAGGAAAGGCGAGCCGGGAGAGCUGGGUCUGUCGGGACCACCAGGCAUUCCCGGGAAGGAGGGGCUCAUGGGACCAAAGGGUGACCGGGGAUUCGAUGGGCAGCAGGGAGCCAAAGGAGACCAGGGGGAGAAAGGAGACCGGGGUGCUCCGGGCAUUAUCGGUGGCCCCGGUCCCCGGGGUAGUGACGGUGCUCCUGGCCCCCCUGGACCCCCAGGAAACGUUGGCCCACGAGGUCCUGAAGGCAUGCAGGGCCAGAAGGGGGAGAGAGGCCCCCCUGGACAGUCGGUGCCGGGGGCUCGCGGCGUGCCUGGCAUCCCUGGCGAGAGAGGAGAGCAGGGCAGUCCUGGCACGCAGGGGCUCCGUGGGGAGAAGGGGGAGCCGGCCAUGACGGAGGAGGAGAUCCGCGCCUUCGUCAGGCAGGAGAUGAACCAGCACUGUGCCUGCGGCGGACACUUCCCGCGGCGCCUGGAUUCACGUGAGCACUCAGGAGGCUGGGGGGUUCAGGCCAGGAGCAGCUUCCACUCUGCCCAGGGAGGAGGAAGAAGCGUCCGUCAGGAAAGGGAGCGUGGCCAAACAGGGCUCUUCCCCACCCAGUUCCCUGAAGUCCCUGUGCUCAAGUUGUCACACGCUGAGGAAGAGGAGGGGCAGGACAGGCGGGUGAUGCUCAACACCGAUGACCUCGAGUACGAGAACAUGUAUGGGGACGAGGAAGACUACGACGAUGUCCCGGAGAUGGACAGCUCGGAGCAGCCCACCAUGGGCGCCGAGCCCUGCAGCCUGCCGCUGGAUGAGGGGGACUGCCAGCGCUACACGCUGCGGUGGUACUACAACCAAAGAGUCACCGAGUGCCGGCCCUUCGUCUACAGCGGCUGCCGGGGCAACCUCAACCGCUUCGACAGCAAAGAGGAGUGUGAGCUGCACUGCGGCCAGCACCCAGGGCCAGAUGCCCGUGGCAUUGCUGGAGGCGAGGUGCAUGGGCAGCCGAAGGUGUAGGCGCGGGCAGUGUCUCGGCAGACAGGGCUGCCCGGCGGUGGGGGGCUCUGGCUGCCAGCCCGGCCGGGGCUGGACCGCCCGCGGUGGCAGGGACAGCAUGCCCGCCAGCCCCCGGCAGGAACUUGGUGCUAUUUCUAACACGUCUUAUUGCUGCUCACGGGUUUUUCCUUUCAUAUCAGUUUUAUGGCCCGUUAAGGUGAAAUUUGUAUCAAAUGGGAAACCAUCCUCCCCCGCCACAAAGCUCUCGACCCCCGUUCCCACCCCCAGGUUUCCUGGGCUGUUCCCGGUUUGAUUUUAACUUAUUUGCUGCCAAUGGAACGGCACCUGGCCCCAUGCCCCCUCUCCAGCUGCCCAGGAGUGGAGCUGGGACUUGGCGUGGUUGGGCUCCCCUCCUGUCAUCUAACGCCCUCAUCCCCUUCCCUGCAUCCCCCAUGGGUCCCCAAAACCUCUCCCUGCUCUCUGCCAGGGGAUGCUGCCCGCAUCCCUGGGCCGGGCGGUGCCUUCCUUCACAGCAUCCCUCACCCUGCAACCAGCUGCAUUUGAAUAAAUUUCACCUUAACCUCGAGCGGGACCUGGUUCCCCUUUUGCGGUGGUGAUGGUUUGGCAAAGACCUGCGGGAGGUGCCGGAGGUUUUCUCCGUGCGCUACCCUCCAGCUCGCACGCCUGCCAGCAGCCCGUCUGUCUAAUCCCAGCCCGUCGGGGAAACCCUGAGGAUGGUGCUAUGUUAGAGAAGGUUCCUGCUCGCCUACGCUCGCUCUCAAAGGCUUUGUGAAAGUGAUGUCGGCUCCCGGGGGUCUGCAGUCCCUGCCUCCCCCCAGCCCCAGGGCUGAGUGGGGACGUGCCCCCCACCGCCUUGGCACCCAGGGGGCUGG